AUGGGGCGGCAUCGCGAGGCUUUUGGAGAGGCAAAACCGUUCAGCAAGCCUACGAACAUGUACAAAUAUGGCGCACAACAAGAAAAAGGCACUUCUCCCCGACUUCAGGUCCGGUCGGCAUGGCACAAGGUCUGGGACCAGUUACCGUCUACUCUGGAUUAUUCCCACCAGCUAAUGAUGUGCGAGAAUUCAGCUGGGCCAGCUCACGUAGAGUCCGACGGUGCUACUAUUGUGCCCUCCGAACGGCAUGAAAGCACCGUUCGUAAUAUUAUUCUCGAGAGUUUAGACAGGCCUGCUACUCUAUGGUCCGAGAUGGAAGCCGGUGCCACCCGCUGUUUCACUCAUCAACCAACCUCAAGCAACUUGACCCCUUGGGAGACUCAUUUGCUGUCGUAUUGUAAUGACAUGAUAUUCUUUCUGUAA